AAGGAAUUGUCAGAAGGCUUGGCUAUAAAAGCCACCAAGGUUCUCCGAGGAUCCAUGCCUCAUCCACGAGGGAACUGCAGAGAUGAAAGUGUUGGCCUUCAUCCUCCUCUGCCUCUUCAUUGCUGUCAAUGAAGCCAAAGUGUAUGAGAAAUGCGAACUGGCUAGGAUCCUGAAAGAAAAGCAGAUGGAUGUCUCAUCUGGCUACAGCCUUGACAAUUGGGUCUGCUUGGCUUACCAUGAGAGCAGAUUCGACAGCAAGGCUGUGGGGCCACCCAACUGGGAUGGAAGUCGUGACUACGGGAUUUUUCAGAUAAACAGCCGCUAUUGGUGUGACAAUGGAGAGGGACAAACUGCGAAUGGCUGCCACACCUCCUGCAGUGCUUUCACAACUGAUGACAUCACAAAUGAUAUUACAUGCGCAAAGAGAAUUGUUAAAGAUCCCAACGGAAUAAGUGCCUGGGUCGCUUGGGUGAACUACUGCCAAGGAAGAGACCUCUCUGGCUGGACAAAAGACUGUAGCCUCUGAAGCUGAUGAUACUAAAUGAUAUUCAGCAUCUCCCUUGAUUCUUCUUUUGAGGAAAGCAAUUCCUCUCCCUGUGCAAUCCGCUUUCUGCUAAUUCUUUCUCCGCAGGUGGC